AUGAUCACCAAUCCGAAAUGUUUGACAAGUUAUACAUUAUUUAAAAUCACAUUUAAUGUUUUUGUGUUGCCCAAACUCGCAUCAUCUUUCAGCUUGUUAUUGUCAUUCCUUCAUUCACAGUAUCUGGACUCUGGUCUUUACUUCACGCAUGAGGAGGGCGAUGAGAGGCGACCUCAUCCAUUCAGCCUCUCUGAUGUUCAGCCACAGUAUGUUCACCAUCUGACCCCAAAGUCAGACCCACUGCCCCCACAUGAAAUUAAGGACUCCGUUCCCAAAAGCAAAGGUGUAAAACAGAGGUGUGUUAAGUUCAUGGUGCCUGCUGUGAUCAACAUGCUGCUCCUCCUACUGCUGGCUGGAAUUCUUCUUGGAUAUUAUUUUAGUUCACCGUGCACGCGCAGGCUGCAGUGUGGGGAUGGGAGCUGUGUGUGGGAGUCCCAGUGGUGUGAUGGCAGGACAGACUGUCCGACUGGACAGGAUGAAGCUAACUGUGUAAGGUUGUACGGAUCCGAUUUCCUCUUGCAGAUCUCCUCCCGGAGCAAAAACUGGAGAACUGUGUGUUCGCACGGCUGGACUGACCAGCAGGGGGCAGCGGUCUGCCAGCAGUUUGGAUACAGCAGGAGCACAUAUUUUAAAUCAGGCCAGCUGAACACUGAUCCUGACCACAAAUUCUUCAUGGUGAAGCCAGACUUCAGACCUGAAGUUCCCUUACUGCAGCAGUUUGUCCUCAGCAGCAGCUGCCCCAACAACAGUGUGGUGACACUACGGUGCAUCGAUUGCGGCAACAGUGUGAACUCCAGUCAGGCCCCUGACAGCCAGCCGGUUUCUCCUGGAGUGUGGCCCUGGCAGGUCAGCCUCCAGGUCAGGGGUUCUCACCGCUGUGGAGGAGCCAUGAUCACCCCCUACUGGAUUGUGACUGCAGCACACUGUGUCUCCAGGAACUCUGACCCUAAGGACUGGAUGGUGUACGCUGAGAUGGUGACUCCAUCACAGACUUUGUUUAACCCUGCUCAUUCUGUGAGCCGCAUUAUCGCUCACGAAGGCUACAGCAGCCUCACUUACAGCAAUGACAUCGCUCUGAUGAAGCUGUCCCACCCUCUGGACAUCUCAGCCUCCAGAAAUAUUGGACCCGUGUGCCUCCCAAAUAUCGGGCUAAACAUCACUGUGAACCAUAAAUGCUGGACAACAGGAUUUGUCAGCACAGUAAACGGAGAGGGUCCACGCCUGAUGGAGACUCCGGUGUCCCUGAUCGACCGCGUGGACUGUAACAACUUAGCGGCCUACAAAGGUCGCGUAUUACGGGACAUGAUGUGUGCCACAAACACGCACACAGGAGCACACAAAUGCCAUAGCGACAGUGACGGCCCUCUCGUGGCCCAGAAGGGGGGGUUGUGGCGGCUUCUAGGGGUCACUGUUUCAGGAGGACAGUGCACUGAGCCAAACAAGCCCAGUGUCUAUAGCAACACUACUUAUUUCCUGGAGUGGAUCUACCAUCAGAUGAGGGUAGGAGCUGACAGACUCCUUUAAUUGUAUUUUGAGCCAACUUCAAGUUUUUUUUGUUGUUUAAUUGAA